AUGAAGAAUGUUGAAGCUCUCUCAGUCACUGAUUCAUCUGGUCGUCAAGUCAGCCUGCUGAAUAAUGAAGCAACUACUACUCCUGAUCACCACCACCACCACCAACAACAACACCACCUACAAAAAAGAGGAACGCCGACACCACCACACGUCGUGCAACAACACCAUGUUACAGGUCCUUCACCACCCAUUGCCAACACGCAUCAGCCUGUAAUGUACAAUCAAGCUCUACCAGCAACUCCCAUCCCAACCUCUUCGACUACGCAAUGGACGUCGUAUCGUCAACAACGAUCAGCAGCAAGUGGUAGCAACGACACCACCACUACAAGUCGACGCAAGUAUCACUGCACCGAGCCUGGUUGUAACAAGAGCUUUACUACAAGUGGACAUUUGGCACGGCAUAAUCGUAUUCAUACCGGGGAAAAGAACUUUCCAUGCCUAUUCCCAGGUUGUCAAUCACGAUUCUCUCGUCAAGACAACAUGAUGCAACAUUAUCGUACUCACAUGUCACCCAAAUCACGACGAUCUCAUAAACGAAGCAAUGCUGGCCUUGCUACCAAUGUGAUGGAUGAGGAUGCUGCCAAUCGACGUCCUAGAUUACAUGCACAUCAUCGUAUCCGAUCCGAUCCUUUUGGUGUAGAACGACCUUUAACCAUUGAUCAACAUCUCAACAACUAUCGUCUAUCACGUCGUUCAUCACCACCACCGCAACCAUCAUUAUCCACUGCUUCUCCAGAUCACUCCAUGGGUCGUUCACAAUCACCUUCAUCCCCUGCAGCAGCUGCAGGCCAGCAUCAGCAGCAUCAGCAGCAGCAUGAUUUGUCGGCAUUAUCAGCAUCAUUGCAGCAGCAAUCGCUGUCAGAUCAUCCCCAUUCACAAUUACCAAAUUCAAAAUUACAUCCGUUGUCAUCGAUACCAUCUCCACAGCAACAGCAACAGCAACAACAACCGAUAACUAAAAUGAAUCAUCAUCAUCAUCAUCAUACAACCACUGCUACGUUUUAUCAACAUCGUCCUUUGACAUUUUCAUUGGAGGAAGCAACCAAUACAAAUCAGGUACCUGCUCCCACUACACUCCUUGGACCAUCAAUUAAUGAACAGCCCAUGGGGAUGGCUUUGCAACAACAACAAAGAGAUAGUAGGACUCCUUCUCCUUCAACGCAGCAGCAUCAAAACAACCAGCCUUCCACAUCACCAUCUUCGUCACCAUCUUCUUCUUCUUCUUCGGAUGGCUUAUUGCAAUUAGCCCAUGUCGUGAGCACCUUUGGAUAG